AUGGCGGAGUUCGGGCGGUGGCAGUGGGACGACGCGGGGUCAUGGCGAGACUUUGGGGAGGAUCGACUCCAGGCGGAGAUGGAGGCGGCAUUCCAGAGGAAGGACAAGUCGGCCGAGGUCAGCAUCCCCAACGUGGGGAGGUUCAGGAUCGACAUCGACAGGAUGGUGCAGGUGUCCCUCACGGGCCGCAAUCCGGGCUACGAGCGGCCCGUUCGCCGACAGGCGCGGCGGAUAGCUGUUGGCUACUUCAUCUUGGGCGAGGAGGACGACAUGUACAUAUCCGACUCGGCCGUCGAUCAGAUCGAGGACCAGGCAGUGCUGGAAACAUUGGCGUGCCUGCUCCAGAGAAUGAUCGCAGACCCAGAGAGCCUGGGAUUCUUCAGCCUCAAUCUGCAGGACGACGAGUUCCGCGACACGCUCGGGCAGUGCGACGAGUCAGUGGAUUUUCUCGAAGAGCACGGCUUCCAAACGAUGGAGGAAAACGGCGCGACGUUCCUGGUAUUCAUACAGGAGGGGGCGGACGUUACUGGGCUCUGUGACGCUCUGAAAGAGGUGCAGGCGCGGCAGGGGAGACUGGCCAGAAACCAGCAGCCUGCCAGCGUGCCUGCAGCAACCAGCUUGCUGGAGUCUGGCGCCACAGAUUCCAUCGCCGCCGAUUCAAACGUCAACGCUGUAGAAACGACACCAGCGGAGCCAAGCGCAGCGGAGUCGAGCGUGGUGGAGUCCAACGUGGUGGAGUCGAACGCUGUGGAGCCGAACGCGGUGGAGUCCAAUGUUGUGGAGUCUGGCGCGGUGGAGUCGAACGUGGUGCGGUCUGGCGGUGCGGAGCCCAGCGUGGUGGAGUCUGAUGCGGUGGAGUCGAACGCCGUGGAGUCCAACGCAGUGGGGUCGAACGCUGUGGAGCCCCACGUGGCGGAGCCGCCGCCCGACGAGGUGGAGCUGCUCGCCCGAGCGGCAAGCGAGGCUCGGGCGGAUGCCGCGGGCGGCCGCCACCGAGGAGCCGGCACUGGCAGGGCCGGCAAGGGCCGGGGCAAGGCGAAGCAUCGAAGACCUGCUGGCCAGAGGCCCGACGGGCAGAGCCGCAGCCGGGAGGCUGCGGAGGCCGGCACCGAGGGGUACCUCCUCGUGCUGCCGUCGGGCGAGAGGGUCGCCGCCGAUCUCGAGGAGGACACCCUGGAGUGCCUGCUGAGGUCCAGAGGAGCGGCCUGCGGCUGCCUGCAGUGCAGGUCAGCCCGCCGGGGGGGAGGCCGCUGCCCGUGGGCUUGGCCGCGGCCCCAGGCGCCACGCUGCGGCAGGCCGCGCAGCUGCAGCCGGGCGACCGGCUCGCCGUCAGCGACUUCGAGCCCGUCUUCCAGGCUACAGGGUGGCAUCCUGCGGGUCCAGGACAAGACUUGGCCUGCGUGGCGCCGCUGCUGGACUGGGGGCGGCCCGAGCUCCUGA